GCUUGGGUUUACGCGUGUUUUUUUUGCUGGCUGGUUGCGACAAUCAAGCUUGUAUAUUGCCUUUGCGAUACCUGCGCAGUGGCAAGAUAUCCAGGGAUUUGCAACUACCUUCAAAGCGCGCUGGUGUGCCUCGUAGCUACGUCAUUCAUGCUUCUUGGGCUACUGUUCACCGACAUGGUCUCCCAGCACAGCCUGCUGGCUUGCAUUGUGCACGCCUGCGUUUGCACUCUGGUUGCAGUGGCCAGCUGUGGAAGGAGGCUCUCAUCAUUCUGUUGCUUGAACGGUCUGUUAAAUCGGUAA